AUGGACAAUACACGGGGCAGAUCGCCUUCAAGAGGCAAUGCAGAGCACAUAAGCCCUCAACCAUCCCCGAACCAUUAUCCGGCUUCUGUGUCCGGCGUGGAUCCAUCGAUCCAGCAAGCUCUCACCACGGGCAAGUUCACAUCGCAGGUUUUCAAUAACCCGUUUCUCGAUCCACAACAACAAGCCGGCUUGCAAUCGGGCCCUACGGACCCACGAUUCUAUUCCGAGAAUCAGUUCUCCCAGGACAUCUUUCCGGAGAAUCAGUUCGGAGACCAGAACUUGGACUCGUCCUAUUCCAACAACUUCUUCUUGUACCAGGGCGAGAACAUGCCGAAUGAUUUCGGGCAGACAUAUUCACUAAACAACACAUAUGACAUGAGUACCCAGAACAACAGCAACAACAGCAACAUAAAUCCUGCCGACUUGAACAAAGCACCUUCUCCACAAGAUCACCAGUCCCCCAGCUUAUAUCCUCCAGAGAACCUCUCUUCGCAGCCGGCGUCACCGGCUUCGACAAACGGGCAGCCGUUCUUUACGCCCCAGCACUCCAGGCAUGCCUCUUUGGACCCUUCGAGCGCCUAUGGAGAGAACUUUGCCGGAGCCAAUUUCCAGCAACACAGGCGGGCGCCAUCAGAUCAUUCCGAGAUCUCCUCGGCCACCCAUUCUCCAUACAUGGCUCAUGCAGAACUACAUGAUCCAAUCGAACUCAAUCAUUCACCAUUCCUUCCUGCGCAGCCCGACACCAGCAACGCCUUUGGAAUGGAGAGUUUCAGUCUAGCCGAACAAGCCUCCUAUCGUUCUCCAAGGCUUAUGCCCCAUAUGGAUGCAAAUAUCCAGGGCCUGGGAUUGAAUCAGGAUCUCAGUUUGAACCAGCCACUGCGAAUGUCUGCUCCAGAGGUAUACACGACCCAGGCAACCGCAUAUCCUCCUGUUCUUCCGAGCAAUCACAUGCGGAAUACCUCAGUGGUGUCGGAUAUUGGCCGGGCCGACCAGUUCGAGCCUCCGACAAUCAACAUCGAACCGGCGCCGGUCUCAAGGCAGCAAAGUUUCGGACUGCAGGCCGAAGGGACCGAAGGUGCUCUUAGCCCUCCCUCCACAAACAGAGGACGCAACCGAAGCAAAUCCGAUGUCACUUUUACUCGGCCCCUGUCACGUUCUGGUUCGCCCGGACUCACCGCCACCAACAGCCUUGCCGUUCACUCAAGAUCACCCGAGCGUGGUAGCCGAUCACUGUCCCGUGAGUCGUCUCCGGGUCCCGGCGUGGCUUCAGGUCGCAUCGAUAAGAAUCGCCGGGCUUCUACGUCCUCUGUAGGUCAAAACCGGGAUUAUAUUCUGGAUUUGGCAGACCCCUCCAGACCAACUGCUUCACCCGCCGGUACAAGCACGAGAGUUCAGAAACAUCCAGCUACCUUUCAAUGCAAUCUCUGCCCCAAGCGCUUUACUCGGGCAUAUAAUUUGCGGUCUCAUCUGAGGACGCAUACGGAUGAGCGACCUUUUGUAUGUACUGUCUGCGGGAAGGCCUUUGCCCGGCAGCACGAUCGCAAACGUCACGAAGGCCUUCACAGCGGCGAGAAAAAGUUUGUCUGUAAAGGGGAACUUCACACCGCACCUGGCCAAUCUUGGGGCUGUGGGAGGAGAUUUGCUCGAGCCGAUGCUCUGGGCCGUCAUUUCCGGUCCGAGGCCGGUAGAAUAUGCAUCAAACCACUACUGGAGGAAGAAAAAGCAGAGCGGCAGAACAGGGCAUUAUUGGAGCAACAACAGCAGCAGCAACAGGCGCAGUUUAGCCAAAGCACGCUGCAACCUGUCCCUCCACCAAUGAUGAUUGGCAUGGAUCCCAACACUGGAACUGGAGGAUUUGCCCUGCCUGCGGCGCUGCUGCAACAAUAUCCUGCGCUUCAAAAUAUCGACUGGUCUCGGAUCUCCACCGCUGAAGAUCAAGGUGAUCUCAGUGAUGUUGGCGGCAUGGGCACUGCUAGUUUCGACGGCUCGAGUGGUGGAGAUGAUUAUUAUGAAGAUAUCAGUGAUGGCUAUGUCAGUGGCAGUGGCAUGGACUUUCCAAACCCGGGGCAUCAGAUGUAUAUGGGGAGUUGA